GCAGUUGAACUAUAAUUAGGGUCUAAUACAUUGUAACUAUAAUUAGCGUGGCUAAUCCCAUCUGUUAAUCACAACCUCUGCUCUGCUUUUUAACCCAACCCCUCUCUCUCUCUUCAUUUUGUCUGCAAAUUCACACAAACCCUAAAGUCGAACAAAACAUAUCUCCACCGUCAAUGUGGCGGCCGUGGGGCAAAUCGUCGGUUAAGAUUCACGACACCUAUUCUCCAACCAAAGCCGUCGCACCUUCAUCUCCAUCCUUCUCCUUCAAAGACAUCCACCACCUCUGCACCGACGAUUCCUCUGCUUUCACCCCCUCUUCUCCUAAGAACCCUAACCGAGUUUUCCACCGAGUUCUGUUCGCUAGCUCCGUCCUCCUUUCCUGGCCCACUCGCCCCUCUAGCCAGAACCAGCUUCUCCGCUCAGAUUCCGAACCGGUUGCUCCCCGGCUCAAUCAGGAGACCAGUCCGCGGAAACCUAAGCUCGAACCAGAUGUGUGGAUUUCGGUUCCAGGGGCCGACAAAAGCGUAGUCGUCUACUUCACGAGCCUGCGGGUGGUACGGACGACGUUCGAGGAGUGCAAAGCGGUGAGAUCGAUCCUCAGAGGGUUCAGGGUAAGGAUGGACGAGAGAGAUUUGGCGAUGGACGGGUCGUUCGCGGGGGAGCUAAGGGGGAUAUUCGGGGAGGAGGAGGAGCAGAAGCUGCCGAGGGUGUUCAUAGGGGGAAGGUACGUGGGGGGAGGGGAGGAGGUGAAGCAGCUCCAUGAGAUGGGAGAGCUGAAGAAGAUGGUAGAAGGGAUGGCGGGGGUGGAGGCGGGAGACUGUGAAGGGUGCGGUGGUCAGGGCUUCGUUCCCUGCGACGAAUGCCACGGCAGCCACAAGCUCUACUCUGAUAAAUUAGGGUUCAGGACAUGCUUCUCAUGCAACGAGAAUGGUCUAAUCAGGUGCCCUUCCUGUUCCUCUCAUCCUUCUUCUGAUUUGUAAAAUGUGAAAAUUUGAAGGAGAUAGCCUCAGCUGUUAGAAUGUCUUCUAGUCUGAUUCAUCUUAGCCCUCGUAUGACAACUCCAGCCUAAAAUAAUGCAGUAAUCUGACAAACAAUUGUAAAUCUUGGGAUUGGGAUAAUUGUAUGAUUCUGAUAUUUACUUGUGUGCCUUUUUUCA